CGACAACAGCGCACUGCCGAUUGUAGUGCCAGAUCACAGGGUCAGAUUAGGCCACCUUGGGGCAUUCCAUCGCGAAGACCAGGUUAUAUAGAAGAGCAGGUAUAUCGCCAGAAACAGGUAUAUCACAGAAAUCAGGUACAUCACAGGAGAAACAGCUGUAUUUCCAGACACAGGUAUACCAUAAGAACAGGUGUAUCGCCAGAAAAAUAGGCCAUACCAGACGAACAGGUCUAUUGCCAGAAACAGGUGUAUCGCCAGGAAAAUAGGCCAUACCAGACGAACAGGUACACCGCACCAAAGGCCAUAUCGCCAGGUCGCACACUCAGCGUCUUCACCACACUACAGGCCCCAUCGCACACCCUAUUCCCAUGAGUAGCCGGCCCAAGAAAAACACAAAAGCCCGCGCCCCGCCCGCCGACAAGGACGCCUUCCGCGCCCGGCGCGAGGCCAGCUUCCAGCUCCACGACGAGGCGGACCUCGUCAACUUCCGCGCCGACGCGUUGAGCCGCUACAUCUCCAACCAGCGGCUCUUGGACAACGUGGCGCUGAGCCUCGUGCACACGGCGCAGAUCGUGCCGCCGCCCUCGUUCCCCUCCAGGACCAGCGGCGACAGGUUGUACGCCGAGUCCGCCUCCGACGCCGAGCUCGAGGCCGCGGUGCGCGGCUUGAAGGCCGCGGACUUGUACAGCGGCGACCUCCGCUUGAUGCGCGCCAAGCAGCGGGUCCUGGCCCAGGAAUUGGCCGCCGCGGAGCUCCGCGCGGACGGCGUGCUUGGGCCCGAGGCACGGUUCCAGCGCGACGCCGUGGCCACCCUCGCCGCGGCCCAGGCCCGGUGUGCGGACGCCGACUCCUUGGCCGCCUUGGAGAGCGCCUUGGCCGACACGCUCGAGCAGGCCCGCGUGCAGUUCGGGCGCCGGCACGAGCUCCGCGCCAACGCCGUGCGCAAGUACGCGGUGGCAGCACACGAAUUGGCGCCGGGCGCGGUGCAACAGGCCCCGGCGGGCUACGACGCGCGGCGCGCCAUGGUGCUGGCGGCCCCCGGGCCCAUGCACGACGCCCGGUAUGCCGACGGCUACAUGGCGCCCGAGUACCCGGAGUUUGGCAUGUUGGCGGACGGGCGCGGGCCGGGCGGCGCGGACGCGGCUUUGCCCUUCGACCCGCAGUUGGCGCUGGCCAUGCUGGCGGGCGAGGCGUACCUCAAGGAGUCGGCGGGCGGGGCCGUGGCCGGGCAUCCUGACGGCGUGGCGCCGGGCCAUGAGGCCAUGGGUGCCGCCGUGGACAUGGACGACAUCGACCAGUACCUCGCGGACCCAGACGCGGGCGACGACAUGGACGACAUGCACGCGUUGAUGGACUUCGACGGGCCGGGCAAGCCGGACGACGCCAUGCCGUUUGGCCUGGGCCCGGAGCCGGGCGCGGCGGACUUGGACGACGACCCGUUUGGCGUGGACUUCUUGAGCCUGAUGGGCCCUGGCAUGGAGUAGCGCGACGCGCCCGCCGGCCCGAGGGCCGGCGUAGACCUGAGCUCUGUCCAUCGUGCUGCUGGUGCACUGGGGCAUGGCCUCUGGUGUGUUGGUGUGUGACUUCUGGCUUGACUUCUGGCUUGUUGGUGCAUGAAAGCACGGCUUUCUGAGGCUCUUCCUUCUGGUCUCUUAGACCCCUGAUCUUGGUAUGUUGGAGCACUGGCUUCCGUGGUUAUGGU